ACAGCAUCCUGGUGACUGCAUCGCAGUGAAUCGGACUUCUGAAGCAAGCAGCCCAGCCUAGCAGCUGCUUACCUCCCUUUCUUCCCCCCCAAAAGUUGAGAUGUGUCACUGCUGCACUGAGCUGAUGAAGAGGCUUGAGCACUCUCUGGGAGGCUUAGCUGUGACAGAAGCGCUGCCGCUGUCUCCUGAAGCUGAUCCCAAGACACUAAUGUGCAGAGUUUAACACAUGCUGGACAGGGCACCUGCUUGCUGGAGCCACGGCUGCACGGUCCCUUAAUUCCAAGCCAUGAAUGAAUCCAGGUGGACUGAAUGGAGCAUCUUGAACAUGAGCAGUGGCAUUGUGAAUGUGUCUGAACGUCACUCCUGCCCACUUGGAUUUGGCUACUACAGUGCAGUGGAUGUGUGCAUCUUUGAGACCAUUGUUAUUGUCUUGCUGACAUUUCUAAUCAUUGCCGGGAAUUUAACAGUCAUCUUUGUCUUUCACUGUGCUCCACUCCUGCACCAUUAUACCACCAGCUACUUUAUUCAGACGAUGGCAUAUGCUGAUCUUUUCGUUGGAGUGAGCUGCUUGGUUCCUACUCUCUCACUUCUCCACUACUCCACAGGUAUCCAUGAGUCACUGACCUGCCAGGUUUUCGGAUAUAUCAUCUCCGUUCUAAAAAGUGUUUCUAUGGCAUGUCUUGCUUGUAUAAGUGUGGACCGCUAUCUGGCAAUAACCAAGCCUCUUUCCUACAAUCAACUGGUCACCCCCUGUCGCCUGAGAAUUUGCAUUAUUUUAAUCUGGAUCUACUCUUGCCUAAUUUUCUUGCCUUCCUUUUUUGGCUGGGGGAAACCAGGGUACCAUGGUGACAUCUUUGAAUGGUGUGCCACCUCUUGGCUCACCAGUGCCUAUUUUACUGGCUUUAUUGUUUGUUUACUUUAUGCUCCUGCUGCCUUUGUUGUCUGCUUCACUUACUUCCAUAUUUUUAAAAUUUGCCGGCAGCACACCAAAGAGAUAAAUGACCGGAGGGCCCGAUUUCCCAGCCAUGAGGUGGAUGCCUCUGGAGAGACUGGACACAGCCCCGACCGUCGUUACGCCAUGGUUUUGUUUCGGAUAACCAGUGUGUUUUACAUGCUGUGGCUCCCUUAUAUAAUUUACUUUCUUCUAGAAAGCUCCCGGGUCUUGGACAAUCCAACGCUGUCCUUCCUAACAACCUGGCUUGCUAUAAGUAAUAGUUUUUGUAACUGUGUGAUCUAUAGCCUUUCCAACAGUGUUUUCCGGCUAGGCCUCCGAAGACUGUCCGAGACAAUGUGCACAUCUUGUAUGUGUGUGAAGGAUCAGGAAGCUCGAGACCCCAAACCUAGGAAACGGGCUAAUUCCUGCUCCAUUUGAAGAGAACUAUAUAGAAAUCAAAUGUAAUCCGAAAGGGGUUUUGGAUUGUAUUCUUGAUUCAUCUGGAAAUUUGCCACUAGAGAAAUAUUUACUUGAAUAGUUGACUAUGAGAUGGAGAGACAAGAGGUUUUUUUUUUUUCCCCUUCUUUUUCCACAGUGGUGAUGGUGGGGGGGAACUAGAGAAAAGAAUGUAUAGAGGGCAAUCUCAUGAGAUAAUUAUAGAGUGUGAAUAUAAAUGUACAGUAAUAGCAAAAUUAAGCACUGAGGAUGAAAAAAAAAAUGAAAAAAGUAUCUCAGAUCUUCCACAGGACAUGAGCAAAGCCCCUCGGCAUCUCUGUCUUCUCUGAGCUCUCCCCUCUGUCUUUGCCUCUCAUUCCGUCUGUCUAUGUCUCUCUCCCUCUCUUUGUGUUUGUGGAAGUUACUUACAUAAAUUGCCCUUUGUAGGAAAAUGCUACAUAUUAUAUAUGUGGCAAUGUACAUUUUUUUUUGCAUCAAUGCAUACUUUUACAUACGAAUCUACAAUCUAUAAGUGGUUUCUCCAUGAAGGAUGCGUAGUAAGCAUUGUAUUUUAUUACCUGCCACAUAACCCUUUUGCUUGUGUUUUUAUACUAUCCACAGCGUAAAAUUUCUGCUAUAAACAAAAAGAAACAGUAUUUUUGUUCUGGCUAAAUAUGCUUAGCCCCCCCACCCCCUUUCUGACAGCCUGCUCUUUCUUUUUCUCUCCAUUUUUCUUGAUCUGCCUCCUUCGGUACCUUAAUCCAAAAGUGUCUUAGCUAAUAAAGAAUCUACCAUAUAAAACAAUCAUAAUGUUAAAUAAUCUCUUCCUUCCAAUAAAGCAAUCUAUAGCUCAUUUCAGAUAUUGUGUUAAAUAUUCUUAAUAGCUUUUGUAAACAUUUUUAUCUGGUUCCUUUUCAUUCAGUUCAUGUGCCCAAAGUGGUAUCUUUUUUUUUUUUUUU